UCCAUCGGCCCGCGGUCACUGCAGCAGCCGUCUGUUCAGUCCGUCUCCGGAACCGUUCGUAUCCUUACAACACGCCGCACGGCUGUAAAUCGCACGCGCGCAGAGUAAAUUCCCUCAACGCUAUAAUAUUAUAAUAUUAUACUUAAACGCGUCAUAAUACGAGGUAGAAUCUGUUACAUGCCAUCGUCGUUGUCACCGCGUCGCCACGUGUCCGGGGCCACGACGAUAACAAUAAAAACAAUAAUAUUAUUAUACAAAUCGUACGGCGGCCGACGAGAUAAUAGUGUUUUUAUAAUAUAGUAUUUAUCACACCUGCACGACGACGGCGUUUGCUGCCGCGACCGUAUUAUAGUUAUAUCGUCGUAUUGAAAAUAUCCGACAAACCAUAUAUCUCGCCGUCCGACGAAUGUUAACUCGAAAUGCGCUGUUCGCCGACGCCGUAAUAAUCGUUCUCUACUUGGACACCGACGCCGAUAAAUCGUUAUAAACAUCGCAAAUCUUAUUAAUAAUUAUCGUUAUUGAUAGUGUUACGCGUAUCGAUAUUAUAUCGUUUUAUAUUUUAUACCGACUCGUCAGUACCGUCGGACGGGGCAAUAACGAAAAAAAAUCCGUCAUAACUUCUCUUCCAAGGACGAAUUCCUGAAACCGUGGUCGUUUCGUUUUUCGAUUCAUUGCACCGAGAAAGGCGGCGCGGAAAUCAGGAAUAUCGAUAAUCACCAACACCCGAUCGCCAUGGAGGACAUUGCGUUGGGACCGUCGGCGACUCGACCACAGCCGAAAACCGAAGAGGUGGCAAUCAUGAUCAGGGACGCCGUAAAGGCGUACGACAAGAACAACGUGGUGUUCAGGGGUUUGAACAUGACCGUGCCGAAGGGUAAAAUUUAUGGACUUUUGGGACCUAGUGGAUGUGGUAAAACAACACUUUUAAGCUGUAUAGUCGGUAGAAGCGAACUGGACUCUGGUGAAAUAAUGGUAAAAGCACUUAAAAGAGAAGAUAUCGGAUAUAUGCCACAAGAUUUGAAUUUACAUGAACAUUUAACAAUAGCACAAACUUAUAAAUUCUAUGGUGGUAUGCUUAACAUGAGUAAAGAAGAAAUCGCAAAAAGAACUAAAGAAUUAACGUUACUAUUGGAACUUCCAUCUGAUAAUAGAUUAAUUGAAACACUUAGUGGUGGACAACAAAGAAGAGUAUCAUUAGGAGUUGCUCUAUUGCAUAAUCCAAAUAUAUUAAUAUUAGAUGAACCUACUGUUGGAUUAGAUCCAGUUCUAAGUCAUAGUAUUUGGAACCAUUUGGUGUCCUUUGCUGAGGAAGAAAAAACAAUAAUCAUUACGACACAUUACAUUGAAGAAGCGAGACAAGCUCAUACAAUUGGAAUGAUGAGAGGGGGAAUUUUAUUGGCUGAAGAUUCACCAGAAACUUUAAUGGCACGAUGCAAUACAGCUUCUUUAGAAGAAGCCUUCUUGUCGUUAAGUUAUAAACAAGAAACAUCUUCCAAUACUCAGAUUGAUGAUUCAUACAAAAAGUUAUCUUCCAAAAAAUCCAACACUAAAUUAAAAUUAAAUGACGGGUUUUUCCGAUUAAACCGAAUGAAUUGUCUCUUGUACAAAAAUGUAUCGUUGCUUUGGCAGCAAAAGUCGUUUUUAGUUUUUCUAUUUCUACUGCCUUUAGUGCAAACUUAUUUUUUUAACCUUGCAAUUGGUCAUGAUCCGAAAGGGCUGUACAUUGCAGUUGUGAAUGAAGAAAUCCAGCAAAGACAAUCAGGGGAAUGUAAACCCGAAUACUACAAAGGAUGUUUCCUCGAUAAUCCUCAAGAUGUAAUGAUGAGUUGUGCAUAUGUUGAACAAAUGAAAACUAAAUCAAUGAAUAUUUUACAUUACAACGAUGUCGAUACCGCUCUAAAAGCUGUAAAGAGGAAUGACGCUUGGGGUUUAUUAUAUUUCCCUACUAAUUAUACAACAUCAAUGGCUGUACGUUUCGUAAACGCCUCUAGGACUUCAGACUUAGACGUAGAACUAAGUACAGUACAGGCUUGGAUAGACUUGUCUGAUCAAUACAUUGGAAAUAUGGUAAAAGCAAACGUUAUUUUUGGUAUGCAAGAGUACUUGGGUGUAGCAUUGAACAAAUGUAACGUUAGUUCUAAAGUUGGGAACACUCCUAUAUCGUUUAGAGAACCAGUAUAUGGCUCGGUAAAUACAACUUUCAUUCACUAUGCUUCGGCAGCCAUAUUGUGCCUAUGUUGUUACUAUUUGCCGGUACUGUUGACAGCGGGUUUGAUUUUAACAGAGAAAAAAGAGGGCAUGAUGGAAAGGAUGAUGGUUUCUGGUAUUAAAUUCACUGAAGUUUUAGUGUCUACGGUCAUAAUGCAAAUGACGAUACACGUUAUGCAAACGGCCAUAUCCAUGUAUGUGAUGUACAUAUACUUUGACAAUCCUUAUUUAGGAGAUCAUUUUCUCACGGUUCUUAUACUCAUACUCAUAGGAGUAGAAGGAAUGAUUUUCGGUUUCCUAAUUGGUGCCAUUUGCAAAGAUUUCAUAUUCGCUACGUACCUAGGCACUGGCAGUAACCUAAUGAUGUCUUUCACUUGUGGAUUGAUUUGGCCCUUGGAAGGUGCACAUUAUCUACUGAGAUUAACUGGUCCUCUGUUUCCAUUGACUGGACCUGUAAGGGCUUUGCUGGCCGUAACCGCUAAAGGCUGGUCCUUUGACACCGAACCUGUAUACAUGGGACUGUUGUCCAUAUUUGGCUGGUCAAGUAUUAUGAUUAUCGCCAUAUUCAUCACUAGCAGAAUAAACAAAGAUCUAUGGAUUUUGAGAAAAUAAUAUGACAAUACGAAUUGGUUGUAUUAUGUAUAUUUGAACAUAUUUCUUGUCAUAAUUGUGUACAGACAGACAACGGCUAGUUUAUUUGACACCGAUGUUCUAUUUACAACCGACCUGAAUACAAAAAAAAGUUAUUUAUUUAUUUAUUUUUAAUUUUGAUAGCAAAAGCAGUUAAUUAAUUUAAAUCAUUCAAAACAUUCAAAACAUUCUAUCCUACAUAUAUGCCAAACUAUAUAGUAUCAUGUACUAUUAUGGCAGAUAUUUGGAAUUAUACUCUUAAUCAUAAUGAUUUACAUUUUAGUUUAUCCAAACAUCAUUGAUUUCUAAUGAAAUUAUAUUAUGUAAAUGAUAAUUUUGAGUAAAAAAAAAAAAAAAUAUUGAACUGUUAAAUAUUGAAAAUAUUUAAUUGACUUACUUUUAUAAAUAUUUAUUUUUGUUAUAACUUAUUGUAUUUAUUUCCUUUAUAAAAUAUAUAAGUGUAAAUUAUUGA